GAGGAGAUGCCGCCUCCAAACUCGGCAUCUCACGGCACACCAGCCUUAUCGCCGACGGCUCUUGUUCCUGAAUCCUUGUCCCGAAGAGCCUCCGAUUCCGAUUCUCCAGUUCCUACUGAGAGCGAUAACGCCCAUGACGAUAAUGUGAACUUUCUUCGGUCUCGCGCCCUUCUGUACAGCCCUUUAGUACCUGCAAUCAGUCGAGCUCGCCGUCGCCGGGGACCAACAUCCCAUCCAGGACCCAUGGAGGACGAAGAAGACCGCAUGGAUUUGGAUGACCCUGGCAAUCUGCGCCUAUCAGUCGAGAUCAAUCGCCGCAUACCUAUCGUCCGCCGCGAGCGCGAAGAGACCACCCCCACGAACAUGCCUACCUAUGAUGGCCGCCGGUCAAAUCCCCGAUCGCUAGUCUACGGUUGGGCACCAGCUUCGGAUGACGAAGAGGAGCCUCAUCGUCACGGUCGUGGCCAAGAAUCAGACGAUGAUCAGAUCCAACCAUUCCUCCACGCUGUGUCAGAUCGCAGUUCGUCCUUAAAUCGACCCCGAAGACAAGAAUUGACAGGUCGCACACCACCGAUAAUUGCUGCGGAUAGAGAUGAUCCAACGGAAUCGCCCGGUCGGUUUCGGAACUCAACUUCAUCCAUCUCCACGAUGGAGGCUUUGUUGCAAUCGGCAAGAAGACAGCCUAGGUUAUCGCGAACGCGCAACCUGGAGAGCUAUCUUCUGGAAAGAUACAGCCGAUCCAAUGAGGAUUCCGAAGAGACUCAACCGCUUCCCGUGAUUUCAUCUUCGUCACGAGCGUACCGAUACCGACCUGCCAACCGGGCUGAAUCUCGAGGACUCACACAUGCCGACUUGCGCCCGAGAGCAACCGCACAUCGACGAGUACAUUCUGGAACACCUGGGGAUACAAUCUUGAAGGAUACGAUUAAAUAUCUUGACUGCUUGCGCUACUCCAACUCCGUUGAGGAAAGUAUCAAUUCGGCACACGCUAAAGGCUUCCUUCCAAUGGAGAACGUCUCCAGUGAUUUCAUCCUUGAUACCUAUACCAUCGCUCCUCCGCCACCCUGUUCUUGGCUCCAGCCCGGAGUGAUCUUCGGGGGGGUUUCAGAGGGCAGCGAAUGCGGGUUGCUCAAUAUUGUCCCAGCGAAUACCUACAGCGCUCGAGUCGGCAUUUAUACUAGCACCGGACGCCGCUACAUUGCAAACAACCCCAAUCAUCGCGACGAGAAUUGGCCAGUGAAAGUGACCAUUCAUAACAUUAACUACGAUGACAUGACACUUUCUGGCACCAUGGAGGCUUAUAAUAUUCCCGAUAAAACCUCUCCAACACACGAUGCACAUAUCGUGACUUUCUUAGAAGGCGAAAUCAUCGACUUCAACAAUCAUACCCUCGAAACCAAGAAUUUCAAAGCAGAUGCGGACGUUGAUAGCACAUAUUGGCGAGAGCUACAUCCCUUCAAGGAUCUUUCUGAUGCUGAGAUCGCCAAGAACCUCGUGAGUCGGAAAUGGAUGACCGAAGAAUUGGCGAAAGGAUGGAUUUUGAUGCGUUGGAAGGAGCGAUGUUUCAUAACUCCAAGUGACUCGCGCCAAGGUCUUACUAUCUCCGGCUUCUAUUACAUUUCUCUUCGCCGAGAGGAUGGCCGAAUCGGGGGUCUUUACUAUGAUCCAGGUAGCUCUCCCUACCAGGAGCUGUCUCUGAAACCCGAAACUGUGAAGAUGACCCGCCCAUCCUAUUCUUUCCGGUAG